AUGUUUGGAUUCCCAGAGCCCCAGGAUAACCACUACGAGGUGAUCAACGCGCUGUUCAGAACAUUCCCAGACGUUCAUUUCUUUGUUGUGAAGAAUUCGAUUCUCCUUGCCGGCGGUGUCUCAACAGCAACCAGAUUCCAUACUCCGUUCAAAGUACCGACACGGUCCAAACCAGAGAUAUCCAUAUCGGUGUCUUCAGUGAAUAGCGUCAAGUCUAGUGGUACGCUUGGUGGUUAUAUCCAACCAAAGAUCACACAGUCAACUGAUAAGUCCUUGUUGAAGUACAAAGGUGCGAAGUUUGCCUUGACUUGCGCACAUGUUCUUCUAAGUGAAGACCAGGACUAUCCAGACGUCUCUGUGCCAUCAACGGUCAUGCUGAAUACAUAUAAGAGUGCCCUGAGGGAUGAAAUGGAUAGGUAUCCUAAAGAUUCCAUGGAGCAUGAUUCCUAUUCAGCGGAGCUACAAAGCGUUGAUAAGUAUAGUUUCCCUCUCGGGCAGGUGGUUUGGGGCGAACGCAUUGUAUUGAAGAACAAGAGAUUGAGCGAUAUAGCUAUAGUGAAGCUUGACGAUUCCCUACAAGUGACUGAGAACUCACUGGGUGAUGACGUUGAUUCUUAUAACCCAUCUCUUAAGUUCCAAAACACGAAAGUUAAGAAGGUGAUUGGUAAGGAUGAAUAUUAUAGACAUUCAAGGGUUUUCAAGAUUGGUGCUAGUUCCAACUAUACAACGGGCUAUUUGAACAGCGUGAAGAUGGUUUAUUGGCUAGAUGGGUCAAUUCAAACCUCUGAGUUUGUCGUUUCAAACAGCGCUAAAUCAAUGUUUGCUAUGGGUGGAGAUUCAGGGUCUCUUAUAUUGAACGAUUUACAAGACCAGGCUGGAUUGGGCGUGCUGGGUAUGUUGCACAGUUAUGACGGUGAAAGACGCGAGAUCGGGCUCUUUACGCCGAUGGAUGAACUACUGAAGAGGUUACAGGAUGUUACUGGAGUUGAAUGGGUGUUUAUAUAA